CUCUACUUCAACCUACAACAUACCUUUUAAACAUGGCACAGCAGUACGAGCUGGAGCACCCACCUAGCGACGGCAUCUCGCGUAUAAAGUUCCACCCCACCAAUGACACCCGCCUGCUCGUCAGCUCCUGGGACCAGCGUGUGCGUCUCUACGACGUGAAAACCAACCAGCUUAUUGCCAGCCACCACGGCCACGCCGCUGCUGUUCUCGACAUCGCCUUCGGCAACACCACAUCUUUCUCAGGCGGACUUGACCGGCGGCUUAUUUCUUGGGAAGAAAACUUCACCACGGAGCGCGAACUUGGUCGCCACGAGGGCGAGAUCAGCGCAUUGGAGUAUGUGCCCUCACACAGCAUCCUGUUAUCAGGCAGCUGGGACCGCACGAUGCGUGCCUGGGAUGAGCGGGCUACCCAGCCUAUGGUGUCAAAGGUCAACCUGGAUGAGCGCGUCUACUCAAUGUCGGCCGAGGGCAACUUGGCAGUGGUGGCAUUAGCCGGACGCAAAUUCAUUGUAUUCGAUGUGCGCAAUCUGGAGACACCGUUAGAGGAACGCGAGAGCUCAUUAAAAUAUCCUACACGGUGUGUCAAGCUGAUGCCCAGCGGCCAGGGAUAUGUGUGUGGCUCAGUCGAAGGUCGUGUAGCAGUUGAAUAUCUACAGGACGUCAAGGAUAAGCAGCACUACGCAUUCAAGUGCCAUCGCCAGACGACCGACGAGGGAAUCGAUUUGGUGUAUCCCGUGAACUCCGUCGCAUUCCACCCAGUACACCACACCUUUGUCACUGGUGGAUCCGACGCCAUAGUGGCCCUAUGGGACCCUGAGAAUAAGAAGCGUCUAAGGCAGUACCAAAAGUACCCCACAGGGAUCUCGUCGCUGGAUUUCAACGCAUCGGGCAACAUUCUUGCUAUUGCAUCGUCGUACACGUAUGACGAGGGCGAGAAGAGCCACCCGCCGGACUCAGUGUGGAUCAAACCAGUCACUGAUCAGGAAACCCGGCCAAAGUCCAAGAAAUAGAAGCUAUCUCAGCAUACACUCCAUUUGGCUCAGAAGGUUGCUAACUUUCGGAGCGCCAUCGAUACAGGCUAGGUGAAGGGUACAGUACUCACUGGCUGGCCCGCAUCUAGAAUUCCAGCACUUCAUUUCUUGGUUAUUUUUCAUUACGUUUUAAUAGACAGCGUAGGGAACGG